UGAUCUGUGUGGUGUGUUGUUGGUGCUGCUAUCUCUUUAAGCGCAGGCUCUGUAACCUGACUCCAGCUUCUCUCCUCCUCACUGAAGCAGCUCAGCUCGCCUCCGGUCUGCUGACGUGUCGGCAGCGGCUCCGCGAUCAACAGCUGCCAGCAUGGCUGCACCGAAUAAUCCCCGGUUUUACUCACUUUUUACCCUCCUCCUGUGCUCGUGCUUCGGCGGGAGCUGCUCGGACCGGCGGUUCUCGGAGCUGAAGCGCUGCGCGGAUGAAGAAUGCAGCAUGCUUCUCGGCAGAGGAAAGGCCGCAAAGGAUUUCACGGGGCCGGACUGUCGGUUUCUCUCUUUUAAGAAAGGAGAGACGAUAUAUGUAUAUUAUAAACUCUCAGGGCAGAGGUCAGACGUGUGGGCUGGUAGUGUUGGAAACCACUUUGGCUAUUUUCCAAAAGACUAUCUUAAUAUAAAUCAUAUAUAUACUGAAAAAGAAUUGGAGGUACCUACAGAAGAAACAGAUUUUGUUUGCUUUGAGACUGGGCUUGAUAAAUUUGAAAGUUAUGACAUAGAUGUGUUAUUAGGAAGCAAAUUAUUUAUGGAAAUUGAGAAUUCAACAGAAGAAUCAAAAGAAGCAGAUCCGUAUGACAUUUCUGAAACAGAAGAAUCAGUGGAGCAUCUUGAUUCAGAAUCUCUGCUUGAAUCAGAGGCAGUUCAUUCAGAAUCAAGAUUGCCUCUUCAAUCAGAGUUGAUCGAUUCAGAAUCAGUAUUGAUUCUCCAACAAGAGUCAGUUGAUUCUGAAUCAAAAUUGCCUCUUGAAUUAGAAUCAGUCAAUUUAGAAUCAGCAUCGACUCAUAAGUCAGUUAAUUCAGAAACAGAAUCGACUCAUGAAUCAGAGUUUGUUUAUUCGAAACCUGCAUUGACUCCUGAAUCAGAGUCAGUUGAUUCAGAAUCAAGAACAAAGUCAAUUGAUUCAGAAUCAACAACACAGUUAACUAAUUCAGAAUCAACAACACAGUCAACUGAUUCAGAAUCAAGAACACAGUCAACUGAUUCAGAAUCAACAAAACAGUCAACUAAUUCAGAAUCAAGAACACAGUCAACUGAUUCAGAAUCAAUGUUAAAGUCAACCGAUUCAGAAUUAACCACACAGUCAACCGAUUUAGAAUCAACUGAUUCAGAAUCAACAGCAGAGUCAACUGAUUCAGAAUCAACAACACAGUCGAAUGAUUUAGAAUCAACAUCACAGUCAACGGAUUCAGAAUCAACAGCAGAGUCAAAUGAUUCAGAAUCAGCAACACGGUCAAAUGAUUCAGGAUCAACAUUACAGUCAAAUGAUUCAGAAUCAGCAACACAGUCAAAUGAUUCAGGAUCAACAUUACAGUCAAAUGCUUCAGAAUCAACGUCGCAGUCAGCAGAUUCAGAAUCAACAACACAGCCAAUUGAUUCAGAAUCAACAUUGGCUCUUGAAUCAGAAUCAUUUGAGUCAGAAUUAAAAUCAUUACCUCUUGAGUCAGAGUCAUUUGAUUCAGAAUCAACACUGCCUCUUAAAUCAGAGUCAGUAGAUUCAGAAUCUGUAGAAGCUUCUGAAUCAGACACAUUGAUUCCUAAAUCUACUGAAGAUGACUCUGAUAGCUCUCAGCCAAAGACCGUCGUCUCCUCAGAGUCAACACUGGAGCCUAAAGAAGCAGCGACAGAAGAGACAGAUACUUUAACAAGCCAAGAUGAUGUAGAAACACAACCAUCAGAUUUUGAUGCACUAAACAUUGAUGAUGUUGAACUUUUGCACAUCCAACAUGACUCUGAUUCUGAGUCACAGCUUGAAACACAAACAGCAGGUUUAGAUGUAGAUAUCGAAGAGCCUGCUAGCCAUAAAGAUUUACCACUACAAACUUUAGAGAAAACACUUGAGGAUGAGGACAGCUGGUCAUCAGCAUUAAAUGAAAAAAGUGAAUCGAAAGAGACUGAAUCUUUUCACGAACACGCCAAAGAAUCACUUUUAGUUCAUGACCUCAAAGCACAAAGAGAUUUUGAAGAAGAGGAAAAUAUUGAUGAUGUGGAAUUUUCUCAUUCUCCUCACAAUACGAAAUCUGCUUCAGAUGAGAGUGAAGUCGUCCCAUCUGAACCAGCUCUGGAAACAUUAGCAUUAAAUAUAAGUGAAAUCACAGAGAAUACAAAGGAAAAUGCAGAUGAUUUUGUUAUGAAGGCCAGCAUGAACACCAAUGAAAAUGCACACAAAAACAUUGCAGACGAUGCUCGGGAUGCAGCGAUAAACAGAAGCCAACAGCCUACAGAGUCCAUCGAUGAAGAUGAAACUGAGAACGUUUCUGAAAGCCCAGAAUCUGCUCCUCUACUUUAUAAAACAGACGAACAGAUCGAAAAGGUGAAGAACGAACUGGAGGAUCUGCUUAAAAACACACUGGAGACUGAGGAAGAUAGUCCUGGAGGUGAAGAGGACGAGGCUGAAGAGCUUCUGGAAGACGAAAACGCUCUUCUUUCAUCUAAUAGUCCUCACCUCACAGACCAAAAUCCUGAAGACAAUGAGCAACAUGAUGAUGAUGGUUUGGUUGAAUCUCAACAAAGCGAAAACACAACACAAGCAGAUGAAACUGAAACUGAAGAGGUUGGUCUUCCUCCUGAAGAGCCUGAAUACAGCGAUAGCGUACUGAGACUCACAAUAUUGCGAGAUCACUUGAAGGAUGAGGAUACCGAGCGCAUGCAGAAGUACUUCGGCCUGAAGAACAUGUUCAGAAUCGAAGCCAUGUUCUCUGAUCUGGAUCUUGAGAUGAAGUCUGCUCGGGAGAUGAAGACGGAUACGGAGGAGAUCGAGCAAACGCUGGACCAGAUCACGGAGGCUUCAGAAAACUCCAUUCUCGAUGCCACAGAGGACAUACUUAACGACAGAGACCGGAAAGCUCUGGAGGAUGGACUGCAGAAGCAACCGGAGAUGUAUGAUGUUGAGGCCGCCAUGUUGGACGCUUUUCAGGAGAUCGUUUUCGCUUUGCGACAGAAAUAUUCGACAGCCAGCGACAGCGUCCCAUUGGUCGAGGAGGAACAAAGUGCAUAUGAAAGAGAUGACCCCCGAGCUGACGCUGAAGAGGUGAACAAUCUGGACAUUACAACUGAAAUAACUGAGCCAGCUGAAACUCCUGAAAUGCACAAGGAGCAGAAUGAAUCUGAACCGAUUCUGAAUCCUGAAUUGAACGUGAACCCAGAUUUGUCCCACAAUAAAGAUGUGGAUCUUGAGGAGGACGGAGGCCAUUUCAACAGGAAUAAAGACGCUCAAAUCAGUUUCGAAGACGCUGAGGAGAUCCAAAAGGGACCUCAUGCUAUUUUGGAGAAGCCAGUGGACAUUGGCUUUCACUUUGAGAUGGAUCCGUCUUCAGGUUCGUUGGAGUCUCCGAGUGUCUCCGAUUUCCAUGAUGCAGAAACUGGCAGUGAUUCCUCCGACUCAUCGACUUCAGAUGAACUUCAGGAUUUGGUGGUGCUUGUCAAAGAAAAUCUGGGAGUUUAUGGAGAGAUUCUGAUCACUGCGCUUCCAGAGGAAUGGCGACCGGGUCCCAAUUUUCACGGAGUCCCCUGGGAGCCAGUGGUGGUCACAGUGGCCAUCGGGGCCCUCACUAUACUGAUGUUCUUCUGGAGGACGGUGCUCGCUAUUAAAGGCAGAAGCUAUCAGUUAACUGAAAAGCAGCUUAGAGACAAAAUCCAGCAGCUUCUCAAUGAGAAAUCUGAUGCUGCGAACAAGAUCACAGAAUUAAAUGACAUGAUAAAAGAAAGAGAACAACGCCUGCAAAACUCAGAGAAGUCGCUGAGUUCCAGCCAACAUGAAAUAAAAGGGCUGAAGAAUCAUCACCAGAAAAUGCAGAGUCAGUGGGAGCAGAUGUCUGGGAGUAUUUCGCAGCUCAAUCAGACAAUUGUGGACACACAGGAAGAAAACGCAAACCUUAAUGAAAAGAUUUCCAAGAUGCACCAGAGAAUUGAGAAAUACCAGAAAACACUGAAGAAUUACGAUGAUGAGCGUGCAAAGGUUCAUGUCCUUAUGGAUGAAGCUAAACUCCGAGAAGACGCUCUUAAGGCUCAGGUUCUGUCUUUUGAGAAGGAAAAUGGUGCUUUAAAAGAGCAGAAGAAAUCUCUCCUUGGCGACGCUAAAGACUGGCAGGAGAAGCACAAGAAGCUGAGCGAGGAGAUCCGAGUUUAUCACAAAUCCCAGAAAGAGCUGGAAGACUCUCUGGUGCACAAGGAGAACGAGAUCGAUGUUUUGUCCAGCUGUAUCGCCGAGCUCAACCGACUGGGAGGCUGCGACUCUGCAGAGCUACAGAAAGAAGAUGCUAGAAUGUCUAACGGGGAUGAAUCUGAGAAGAAAAUGGACACUAUGAGACUGCGAAUCAAACAGAUGAUGGACGUCUCCAGGAUUAAAGCCACUCUCAGCGUUGUGGAGGACGAGAGGAAUCGCUAUAUGGAAAAUCUCCUCGCUGAACAGAAAUCCAGACAAGAGCUGGAAGAGCAAUAUCAGAAGGUCAUGCAUGACCAGAUGAAUCUGAACAAUGAGAAAACGCAUCUGGAGAACCAGAUGAAGAACCUGCAGCAGAGACUGGAGAUCACCACUGAACUCUACCAGCAGAAGGAGAACGCACUGCAACAAAAGUUGACUCAGGAGGAGCUGGAGAGACGCGAGAAGGAGACGAAGCUGUCGGAGGUGGACAGUAAAGCGCUGCGCUCGGAGGAGGAGGUUCGAGCUCUCAAGCAGAAGAUAAAGGACAUCGAGGAGGAGAUGCAGCAGAACGAACGCUCACUCAAAUCUGAGGUGGCAGUGCAAGAGAAGAAGGCCCAUGAGAACUGGUUAAAAGCACGCGCCUCAGAGAGAACUCUGGUGGAGGAGAGAAGAGAAUCAGCCACUCUUCGGCAGAAGCUUGUGGAAUACCGAGAUAAAAUAUCCGACAUGGAACAAAGUCUGUUUAAGUUGAACUCUGGGCCGCCAGAUCGACACAUGCCGCCGCCACAGCGCAGAGGGGAUUCGUACGGUCCAUCUCCUGUGAGCGGCGGGGCUCCGUCUCCUCCUUUGAUGAUCGAGGGUCCAGGACGGCCCCCAUCAGCACCUGUAGGGCGACGCGGUGAGCCGUUCGGUCCACGACCCCCGUCUGAUCCUCACGGACGCUUCUCUGAGCUUGGACACCCGCUGCCAUCCAGACCAGAAAUGUUUCAGCCGAUGACAUCAUCUCCAUGUGCUCAUGAUGGGCCGAUGCAGACGGCACCAGUCGUGGAGCCAGCCGAGUCCUCAGAUCAGGCCUCAUCUGAGCCUGUAGAGUCUCUGUCCAAAUCUCAGAGUCAGGGAUCCUUCCUGCCCUCCCCGAUCCGAGAUUCUCCGGUUCCUCCACCUAACGUCCCGCUGAAGCCUUACGGUCCCCCAGGGAUGCCGCCCAAUGGGCCACCGAUGAUGAUCCGACCACCCAACGGACACCUUCCCAUGAUGCCCCCCGACCCGCGCUUCAGACCUCCACACAUGGACUCUUACGGCCCGCCUCCACACAUCGGCCCGUUUGGACCCGUGCCUCCACCUUUUGCUCGAGGGCCUCCACUGGGGCCGCCACUCGGACAGCGGGACGUCCCGCCAGAUUUCUUUGCACCCCGCGGCCUCCCUCCUCGGCCCUUUCCGCCUGGACCUCUGCCACCCCCCGGAGCCAUGAUCCCUCCUCCAUACAGCGGACACCGUUUUCCAGCAGCCCCUGCAGUACUGUCUCAGAGCUCCAGAGAUGGAGACGAGGAGCCGCCGCAGACCCACGGGGAGCCCUGAAAAGCAUCUGCGGAGGGGAAACGAUAUUAGUUUGAUUUGAGUUUUCUUUAAUAACACAUUUGCGAGCAGAAAUAAUGAGGGUUUUGAUUUUAUACAUUAGCAAACCUUUCCUAUGGAAAUAGUUUGAUUUAAUUCACCUUUGUUUUGUCUUCUCUCCUGUGGUUAAACGAUGACAUCCACCACUCGCCCAGUGCUCAUCUUGGGAUAUCGAACCAAUAUUUAGGCAAGCCAUUUAUUUCCUCAUGCCUUUAAUGUGAGAGGACUUUUUUUUAUGCCUUCCUCUUCUUCACCGUGUUUUCGUUUGUUUGCUUUUAGUCUGAUGAUUCUCCAGCUCACGUAAUACGAUUCAGCCUGUGUUUAUUUUAACGUUUGAUCCGUCGUGAUUUCUUUUCCUAGCGGAAAGGCACAUAUGAUGUCAUAUUGACAAAGUAUUUGUACAUUUCUUUCAGCUGCGCGUGUGUUAUUAUUCAGAAAUCCCCAAACGAACACGUCAGCUCAGAUAAACGUCUUCUCUUUGAGUUUUCAGCGCCGUAUGUAUUAAUUAAAGUCGUAGAGACGCGACUGUUUUUAACGACGAAACAUGAGAAUGCAUUUAGUUCCUGCAUCAAAUUGAAUGUGACCGUUUAGUGUGAUUCUUUUAUGAACAAAUCUCUCUCAUUCAGUUAAGACAGGAAUCAUUUUCGUUAAAUUGCAAUAAUUUACUCUGCUAUAUUUCAUUUAGCCCACAACCAGUGGUGUUUCGUGGGUUUUUGAUGCUACAACAAAAAUAAUCCCAAUAUUCAAAACUAUUUUUUCAUCUGCGUUUCAUUUUUGGCAUAUGCCUCUUUUUUUUCUUUUUUUUUUUUGGUUUGGUAUUAGAGUAAAUUAUUUUAGGAAGUGUGUCGAGAGAAUGCAUCUUGUGUAAGAGUGUCUGCAUCAUGUUGAAAUCUUAGGGAAGAAACGGUUUUAAAAACGAAUGCGGCAUUGAUUUCAUGGGAAUGAAUGAAUGAGUUGAAUAAAGCUGCUUUUUCCUGAU